AUGACACCGGCACAUCAACUAUGCACUGUCCCCAGUAUUGUAUCGGCCGUUAAAAGCUUCAUUCCUCCACUGACUACUGACAAGUACAAGGGCCAGGCAGGGAGAAUCGCAGUUAUUGGUGGGUCAAAAGAGUACACGGGAGCUCCUUACUUUGCUGCGAUAUCUGCUUUGAAAGUGGGCGCAGAUUUGUCUCAUGUGUUCUGUGCCAGUGAAGCAUCAGUUGUGAUCAAGUCUUACAGUCCUGAACUAAUUGUCCAUCCAUUGCUGGAGCAGAUGUGUCUCAAUGUGUCUAGAGUCAUUGAAAAGGCAAGGUCAAUGAAGAUACCCAUGGUUAUUGAUGCUGACGGUGUGCAUUUGCUGACAAUAGAACCAGAUAUUAUAAAGAAUUAUGAAAGAGCAAUUCUUACCCCCAAUGCUGUGGAGUUUUCAAGGCUUUAUCAGAGUGUGCUUGGAAAGGAUCCCAACUGUGGAGUUGACACUGUAGCUGCGAGUGUUUCAGAGCUCAGCCGUGCAAUGGGCAACGUCACUGUAGUUCGUAAAGGUGCCGUUGAUAUCAUAUCGGACGGACACCAUGUUAUGCAGUGCGACGGUCAGGGAAGUCUACGUAGGUGCGGAGGCCAAGGUGACCUUCUCUCAGGCAGCAUGGGGAGUUUUCUACACUGGAGCAGUAUGGCUGUGGAGAAUGACACUCAGGAGCCGACACUGCGGAAACAUGGCGCGGGCGCGUGCGCGGCAUACGCCGCCUGCCUACUGACGCGCGAGUGCAACCGACUCGCCUUCCGCGACCACGGCCGAUCGAUGACGUGCAGCGACAUGAUCGUCGCCAUUCACCGCGCCAUGGUGGCGCUGUACGAGGAGGGGAGCGAGGAGAGUUGAAGGUAGGCGCGGGAGUGGAGCAAGGAGAGUUGAAGGUAGGCGCGGGAGUAGAGCAAGGAGAGUUGAAGGUAGGCGCGGGAGUGGAGCAAGGAGAGUUGAAGGUAGGCGCGGGAGUGGAGAAAGGAGAGUUGAAGGUAGGCGCGGGAGUAGAGCAAGGAGAGUUGAAGGUAGGCGCGGGAGUGGAGCAAGGAGAGUUGAAGGUAGGCGCGGGAGUGGAGCAAGGAGAGUUGAAGGUAGGCGCGGGGGCAGAUUAAAACGCGAACGGUGGUCGUUGCCGGAGCAGCGGGCGAAUGUGUCGGGAGUUGCGGAGAGUGCCUGCUGAUGUCUCGAGCGGUGCCGUGUGUUCGGGGGUUGGGCUACGUCAUUGUGUUUUCGAACCGCAUAUUAGCGAACAGGUCUGCAGCCGUUAGCUACACGUGUACAAGUGUGUAUUUACAACGUGAGAUGUUAAUGAGCAAGGAAUGAAGCUGCAAGACCGUUUACUUGUUGAAAUCUGUUCGGGUUUUGAUGUCGGAAGCGACUGAUGACAUUGAAUAGUGUGAACAGCGAGAAUAUGACGUGUGCCUGCCAAACUCUGAUUGGUUUUAUCAGUGAGGAAGAGUUUGCGUACAGUUUUGAUUGGUUUGGGCAGGUGCCCUAGAUCCGGUGAAACAGUCUAUUGGCAGAGCUGCAAGAAGUUGAGCUAUUAGGUAGACAGUAAGUUGGUAGAGGGAUCGUGUAGCAUCGAUGCAGAUGUUAGAGUAAUAUUAGGUGAUUUCAGUGUUAUACUGUGGCAGUAACUUGGAACAUGCUAUGGAAAUUUCGUGUUCCGGUUCAUGCUUUGGCUCAUAGGGUCUCUGUCCCCCAGGGUACUGCCGGACCGUACCGUGGGUACGGUCUGGUAUACCGGAAC